AUGAUGGAUAUCUCGGCAUCUGACAGAGACAUAUACCCCGUGAAGCCUGGAAAAUAUUCGGUCUCAUGGAAGCCCAGAAGCAAAGACGACAAAAGAUGGAGCCGCAACUACUUUGACCACUUAAAUAAGAUGCAACAAGACUAUAAGAACAAGAGAGUUCUCCAGGCUCCACUGGUCCAAGACGACUUCGAGUCUUGGCUCCUUGCGGUACAAGUGCCUUCGCCUUCUCACAAAGGCAUUGCUGAUCAGAAGAAAAUCGUAUACGUGGAGAAAGAAGAGGAGGAGAAGAUGCUGUCUCUUGCGAGGAUUGAUCUCGCUUCAUUUGACACGUACAAAGAUGAUGACUGGAAGCUAUGGCGACCUCCUCGAAGACCAACCGAGAACUUCACCGACAAAGAUCUUCGGUGGAUUCCUGAGCUUAGAGCGUCACACCUAGUAUCCGAAAGUCUCAAGGAAACAGGGCUUCUUUUUCCAAAGGGCAUUCAGAUCUCGACCAUUUGCGAUGGCCUCGAUUGGCACCCGGGGCAACUACUGGGAACUAACUCGACCGCCGAGGCUCCGAUCUCCAAAACACCAGUAUUCAUGCUUCCCUCCGAGUCUGGGAAGAACCUCGCGUCGGCUACGUCGCGUGGGCAUAUCCACACAUACGACCGGCCAAAGUUUGUGGGGGCGGGCUGGGGCGACUACGACCUCUUUUUUGAGUGGCAACUUCACGGUCGCGUAUUGGAUGUAAAGGAAAUGACGGGGCAAGCUUGGAAGAAGAAGGAUGGAAAAUCAAUCAGAUUUGUUCCUGCUUCUGUCUUGGAGGAUGGAGAAGAAAUAACCAUGUCUUCUUAUUUCCCUCGCCACAACUUCAAGACGCCUCCACCCCUCUACUUGAAAGUAACAGGGAGGGACGAGGAAUGGAAAGAGGAAUGGUAA